GGAAUUGAACCUGCAGCAAGGACAUAGCCUUUGUACUUUGGGUGCCUUCUCUACCAGAACAAGCUGGGUUCGUACAACAACAUCUACUACAGAGACUGACAUAACCAGCAAAACAUGAUGAAACCUUAAGACAUGAUCAGUUCACCAUCGAGUGACACGAUGGACCGCAGAGGCCAAACUACACACAUGUACCAACAAAGGUCACAGGCCAGAGCUCACAAACCAACAAUGUUGUGCCUUCCUCUGCUGAACCUCCAGGAUACAGAGGCAGAGGACAGACGGGGAAGUGAAACAGAGAGAAUCAAGAAGAUCCAUGAGGGUCAGUUAAAGGAUCUACGCUGGAAAUACCAGAUGAUAUAACAGACUCACAGGGACAGAUGUCUCAGAUGAAGAUAGCAGGGAUCCAUGAUGUGGAGGAUUUGGAUGGAGCUGAUUCAACAAAGGGAAUCAAGACACAAACAAGUAUUGCAGGGAGUGUCAUUUUGAGUAGGAAGACAUCAUGGGACAUGCCUGUGCCAAAUGUAUCAGAAGACAACAGUGGUCGCCAUGCCACUUAAAAGUCUCCUGUCACAGCCAAAGCUUUUCAAGUGCAGUUGAGGAAAGGACCAUCAAGUUGGCUGGAGUUUGGUCCGAGACGCACUGCAAGGAUGAAAGCCCUCGUUUUUCUUUUUGUAAACUUGGCAGUUUCAUCAGCAUUCACCCAAAAACCAAUUAGAGACAUAGUUGACAUUGGUGAAGACAAGGACAUAAUAGAGGCAAACAAGGAUUCCAUGACAGAUGAUAUUCUGGAGAAACCGGACACGCUAAGGAGUGCGAUUGUUAAUGAAAACAGACUGUGGACAUCCCCAGUACCAUAUGUUUUGGAAAAUGACCUUGAGCUGAAUGCUAAAGGAGUCAUCCUAAAAGCCUUCGACCAGUUCAGGUUGAAGUCAUGCAUUGACUUCAAACCAAGGGACUCUGAGGAAUAUUACAUAUCUGUCCAAAAGAAAGGCGGAUGUUAUUCAUAUAUUGGCCGAGUAUCUUCCACUGGACAGGUCCUCUCCAUCGGGAGAUACUGUGAUGAACUUUCAACCGUUGAACAUGAGUUCCUCCAUGCUUUGGGCUUCCACCACGAGCAGUCCCGAUAUGACCGAGAUAAUUAUGUGACCAUUGCAUUUGAGAACAUCAUAGCAGGUAUGGAAUUUAAUUUUAGGGAAGUUAGCAAAGAUUACAGCACCACCCAAGGAGUCCCAUACGACUACUUGUCAGUGAUGCACUAUGGCAAAAAUGCAUUCAGCAAUGGCAAUGGGUCGACAAUCAUCACAAAAGACCCACGGUUCCAGGACAUUAUUGGUCAAAGACGGGAAAUGAGUCCCAGUGAUGUUCUCGAGCUGAACCUCCUUUACAAAUGCAACUCAUCUAUUGCAUUUAAGAUGCACUGCAGCUUCUCUGACGGGACCAUGUGUCAAAUGAAUGGCUGCUCAAAGAGUGGCCGUGGCUGGGAAAUGGUAAAAGCCGCUCUUGGGGGUCCUAGGACUGACCAUACCACUCUACCUAAUGGCAAUGGUGAUCAUGGUCACGGUGCAGCUUACUUCAUGCAUGCUAGCACAGCAAAGGGUAAGGAGGGAGACUCAGCCCGGCUGGAGACCCACACAAUGACUCCCAACCGGGAUUGUCAUGUCCAGUGUCUCCAGUUCUACUAUUACAAUAGUGGAAGCCCGACGGACCAGCUCAACAUCUGGAUCAGAGAGUUUCAAGAUGAAUGGGACGCCAAAGGAACCCGCCGCCUCAUGGCACAGAUUACUGGUUAUCUAACAACUCACUGGAAGCUCCAGCAUGUUUCCCUGGAUGCCACCAAGCCCUUUCGGGUUGAGUUUGAAGUCCGUAAAGGAGCGGGAGACUCUUCGGGCGGCUUCUCAAUUGAUGACAUCAAUCUGUCCGAGAUCGAAUGUCCACACGUAACCAUGCAGAUUAAUGACUUUGAGAACCUUUUGAACACUAGCAAGUAUGGAUACACUCUAUACAGCUCUCGGCAAUACUCCAGAGGCGGCUAUGCUUAUGCAGUCGGGGCCGUGCUGUACAAGACAUAUUUUGGAUUAUUUGUGCAACUCUUGUCUGGUGAAAAUGAUGACAAGCUGAAGUGGCCUUGUCCGCAAAGGCAGGUGACCUUUGAAAUGCUGGAUCAGAACCCCAAAAUCCAGCUGCAGAUGUCCAAACAGAGGAGUAUAACAAGUGACCUAAGUCGAUUCUCUGAUGGUACCUUCAGGUGGGACAAUCCUCGUAAGACUGGCACUCCAUAUGUAGAUGAAAAUGGCGAGACCAUCUAUGCCGGACCUCUGCUUGGCAGAAGAUUUUUUGCCUAUGCUAAAGAAAUGAAAACCCACGACUUCCUCAAGGGGGGAAGUGCCGUUUUUGUCUUCAGCUUUCAAGAUCUUACUCCUGUUGUUAAUGGAAGUACUCUACCAUGCCCUAAAGUCAGCCCAGUGAAGAGCCCUAAUCAUCCUAAAGAUCAUGAUGAAGGCCCAUGCUCAACACGGAUUGUACCCACUACUCCUCCAGCAACCACCACCAGUCAACCUCAAACAACAGAUGAUGACAGUGUUUUUGGUUUCUCUGCUGGUUUGGCCUGUUCUCCAGUCCUCAUCCUCCUACUCGCACUGAUGCUUUUGAUUCCUUGAUGUGUGCAAAUCUCACCUCUACACAUGAACAGGACCAGUAAAUUUACCACUGACCGAGUAAUUCGGCAGGUUUUACUUCUCAUUAAAUUUCUUUUGUGUUUUCAGUAGGUAUAAUACAAAUUUAUAAGAAAACAAAAUAGUUUUAAAAAAGGUGCAAUGGGUAUAGAACUAGUGGAAUAUGUCAGUAGCGUUGUUAGGCCUGGGCAUCGGAGGCUUCAGCCCUGAAUGUUAAAAUAUGUAGGCAAUAUAUAUGUUUCAUAUUAAAGGCCUAAUAAUGAUAAAAAAAACUCCCAGAUUUAAUAAUCUGUUACUCUGUUCAUACACCACUGUUCAUGUAAAUACAUACUAUUAUUACAGCUCUAGUCAAUACAUUUUUUAAAUGAUAGCAGUUGAAAAGUACUCUGUUCCUACUCAAUAGAAAUUACUAACAACUUCUAAUAUAUUUUUUAAUCAGGUCUCAUAAUUAAUCUGGGAAGUAAAAUGUUUUUAAGGGUAAAUAAGGUGCCAGAGUGCAUGACAAAACAUCAAAAUAGGCCAUGUUUAUCAAAAAAAUACUAGGGGGAGAAUCCUCCCAGACCCCCCGACAGAGGUCCAGGCUAAGACCCCAAUGGCCAUAAAUCCAAGAAACACCCCUGGUAGAUGCUAUGUAUUGGUGGUAAUGAAAUGUUUGUUGUACUUAGGUGUUUGUUGUGACCAUAUAUUUGUUUGCAUUUAGAUUAUCUUUUGUGGGCUCAUCUUGAAAGUUUUCCUUGAUUUCUUACAGUGUAGCAGUUCUUUGAGGAAAUUUAAAAAACCUCAUUGCUUUGUACUGGCUUUGUAGAAUUUUAUGGCUCUUUCUGUACAGUGGCUCUUGAUUUAGG